AUAAAAGUCAAUAUUUAGUAAAUAACAUGCUGAUUUCUUUAAACAGGAAAACUGUUUUAACUUUUUAUCUAUCAAUAGUGAGGCCUUGUUUUGUGUAUAGUCAAACAAAUAUGUCUUCUGGAAGUAUUGAUAGUGACAAAUAUUCAGUGGUAUAUGUGACAGUGCCCAAUGAUGAAGUUGGAAGAACUAUAGGUCAUGGUCUGGUGAAGAAUAAGCUUGCUGCCUGUGUAAACUCCAUUCCCGGAAUAACUUCUAUUUAUGAGUGGAAAAAUGAAAUUAAUGAAGAUAAAGAGACCUUACUUAUGAUAAAAACUCGUACAUCUCAAGUUGAUAAACUAACAGAGUAUGUACGCUCCAAUCAUCCAUACGAAGUAUGCGAGGUUAUAUCGGUACCCAUAAAGAACGGUAAUCCACCAUACCUGAAAUGGAUUGGAGAUAUUGUGCCAGAAUGAGAAUAAAGAUUAAUUAAUUGUUAAUGUGUUUUAAGAAUAAAAAUUAUAGUUAAAUACUUAA